GUGCUCUCCCGGAACGCCGUGACGGCCUGGGGCGAGGGGAUGCAGAGGUGCCUGGACUUCUUCCGCGAGGAGUGCUCCGGCUCGUGCUUCUGGGGCGAGGACAUGUUCAUGGACCAGUGCUUUAUCAAGGUGCUCGAGCUCCCGCGCGAGGAUCUCUUCAACAUGCUUGUCGAGGAGCACUGCGACCCGCCCGACAACUGGGAGAAGUGCGAGGAUCCGGCCUAUGUGUGCUACCAUCCCUUCAAGACCAAGAACGGGUACAAGGAGUGCCACGACAUGGCCGCGGAGGCCGUGGCGGAAUCGACGUGA